AUGACGCUGAGAGGUAGUGGGAAAAUUCAAAUUUCUCAAGGAUCAGAUGAGGACGACAACGAGUAUGAAGACGAAUACGGUGAUUUAAAUUAUUACUUUACAAUUUAUUUUCUCUGAAUAUUUUUGAAACUCGUUUUGUAUUAAGAUGACGACACGGUCGCUCUGCGCCCAACUACUUCGACUGACCCAAAUGAAGUCGUUUCUUUUCCUUCCCUGCCAAAGGUUUGAUUAUUUUAUUUCAAUGGAUAAGUUUAACCUUCAGAAGAUAAGAACAAAAGUGAAGAAGUUGACAAAGCGAGAGACUCGAGAAAAGAGAAAAAUAAAGGCUAAUAGAGUGAAACUUGCUUUAGUCAAGCCUGAUAUUACUACGGAUCGAGAAAAGGAGCGAAUUUUGAGGAGAAUCGCCACGAAGUUAGUUCUGAUUAAAUAGAAGUUCUGAAAAGAAAUUUUCACAGAGGAGUUGUCCAAUUAUUCAACGCCGUCGCAGAUCGUCAGAAUACCAUGUCCGAGGAAUUGAAAAAGAAGUUGUCGAGUAAAGAACGACGGCAGGUUAGUUUUCCGUAAUUCGAACUUCGAAAAAGUUGAGAAACAAUUUCAGGCUAGAGAGCGGUUCAGCGGAAAGAAUUUUGAUGUGAACAAGUACGCAGAAAGAGAUCAAGCCGCUGCUAAGAAGGUAUCUUUUAAAUAUUAUGAAAUUCUAGUAUAGGUUUUCGAAGAAAAUUUUUUGAAAAACAUGGAGUAUUUAAAACUAAAAUGGGAGAUGAGUUGAGAAAUGUACUAGAAAACAAACAGAAUGGAAGGUUGUAUUUCUGUCGAAGAAAAAUAUCUCGAUUCGAAGGAACAUUCAUGUUUUUAUUGUCUUUAAAUUCUCAAAUAGCCUCCAAUUCAACGAAAAGCUGCUUUUCUUCUAUUAUGCUCUAUCGAAUUUGUGCAUUCUGCUCUCUAGCGGUAAUUUUUGAACACGAUAUAAUCUAGUAGGUUAGACAUAUUUCAAGAAGGUUUUCUAGAGGUUUGAGGCUAUAACCCUAAUGAUAUAAACAAAAAAAUAAAUAAUAUUAAGUUCAGCCGAAACUUUAAAAGAAAAAAACUGUAUUAGUAAUUUUUCAGAUUUAUCUUCUUUUUUUUACAAAACUCGGAACGCACAAGCCAUUUUAAUGAAGAUCUUUACAGAUUUUCUAUAAUUGUUAUCUAUUUCUAUAAUUUUUCAAACCCUAAUUUCUCUUUUUCACAAGCACCGUUUAGAUUGAAUGGGCAUUCCCCUAUAGGAACCCCUCUGGAGUUCUUAAGCCAUGAUGGAACAUUCUAAUGAAGAGUCGUCCAUUUAUAAGACUCGAAACGGCGCGCGUUAUAUAAAAUGACUAUCACAAAUCUUCAUAUAUGUAUAAGUUGUUUCUUUUUUCAAAUUUCUCAACUUUCCCUAUCCUUUCCAUGCCUAUAACUUCUUAAAUGAAAAAAACGAUCAGCGAAUUGGUAAUUUAAGAAUGGGUUUAGUUCCACUUGUAAUAAUUUUUAUAAUAAUUAACAUAUAACAAGUUAAGUUUAACGCAGGCAUUUCGUUUUAUAAAGAGUUUUCAGAACUAUUUCAAAUUAAUCCGAUUCCCUCCGAAAAUAUAUCUUUCAGGAAAUGAAAGAAGAAGAGGAGAUGGAAAUGGAAGACGAUCAGAUCGACGACAACAACUACAGCGACGAGGACUGA